AGGAGUCCCCUACUGCGCUACAGUGGCCAGCUUGUUCGGUUUUUGCUCUGGUGCUGGGUUCAGGAAAUUCAGCCGUCUCAGGGCUGAGGCCAAGUCCUCCAGUCCCCCUUCAGAAAGUACCCGUCCUGGCUGUGUGGGACACAGCCCACGCCAAGAGUGAGCGCUGUCCUUCUGCUUGGAGGGGAAAAGGAGGGUAUGGCUACAGCCAGACCAAGGGCAGGCCGGGGACAGUUGGACCAUGGAAGACAGUCUGGAGGAUGGGACUGCAGGCUGUGGACAGUGCUGGGCAACCUUGAGCUGGGUGUGGCUAGGUGGGAGCUGAAGGGUCAGGCAACCCGGAGGCCAGAGGGAAAGGGGGAAACCUCCCCCCCUCCUCUCUUCUUCCACCUGCAGCCUCACGAUGUGGACCUUCAUGCUCCUGGGCCUUCUCUGUGCCUCAGCCUCUGCUAGUGCCAUCCAGGCCAGGUCCUCAUCCUACAAUGGCGAGUACGGGAGUGGAGGAGGGGAGCGAUUCUCCCACUCCGGCCACCAGCUGGAAGGUCCCAUCACAGCCCUCCGUGUCCGGGUCAACAGCUUCUACAUCGUGGGUCUCCAGGUGCGCUAUGGCAAGGUGUGGAGCGACUACGUGGGUGGCAAGCUGGGAGACCUGGAGGAGAUCUUUCUGCACCCAGGGGAGUCGGUGAUCCAGGUGUCUGGGAAGUACAAGUACUAUCUGAGGAAGCUGGUCUUUGUGACCGACAAGGGUCGCUACCUGUCCUUUGGGAAAGACACGGGCACGAGUUUCAACGCUGUCCCCUUGCACCCGAACACCGUGCUCCGAUUCAUCAGUGGCCGAGCUGGCUUAUUUGUCAACGCCAUUGGCCUGCACUGGGACAACUACCCCAGCAACUGCUGAGCCCGCCUCCUCCGUGGCAGGGCCCCGUGGUGGGGUGUGAGACCUCCCUGAUCACCAUUCCCUUACUAAUGGCUCAAUAAAAGGACAUGGCUAAAGCUGGUGUGCAUGUGGGUGUGUGCAGGCGGGACCCACUCUUGGAGGGCUGUGUGAAUCUCAUUUCUGGCUACCUGCUGCUAAGAGUGGGAGCACGAGGGAGAGGUGUUGAGAAUCCUGGGCUUUUCCGUAUGUCGCAAGGAGAGGAGAUGCCGGUUUGUACCAACUCUUUUCGUGGUUAGCUCUUGAGAAUGUUUGUCCAAACAGGAGUUCUGAAGGUAAGGCACAGCGGGGCACACCGCCCAAACCCCAGAUGUGCCUCUCUGGCUCCCUUUCCCCCUGAGAAGGGGCUUCUCUGACGAAAGGCUGUCCCCUCUCCCUGGAGCUCAGCUGCAGGUGGUGGCCUGCGCCUCUGUCCUCCCAUCUUUCCCAGAUCUGAUCCCCCUGCUGAA